AUGCGCAUUGAUGCAAAAAUCCUGAAUACAAUAGUAUUAAACACAAUGCGGCAAAUCAUGAAGAAGAUUAUACAUCAUGAGCUCAUGCCCAGCAACUACCAAAACUACCUGGCCUUCGUUUUUGCCAUUGAAGAGAUCAACAGGAAUCCUCAUCUUUUACCCAACAUUACUCUGGGCUAUGAGUUCCAUAAUUUCAGGACAACAAGAGAUCCCAAAUUAUUUAUGCAGGACAGAAAGCAAGGCUUCAGCAUUGGUCAUAGGCAUGUCAAGGGAAACCUCAGCUCACAUUGGACCACUACUGGAACUCUACAAAUUUCCACAGGUGAAUGUCGGAAGACGGGAACUGAAGGAAGCACAUCCAUGGUUACCUUUGGCUCAUUUGAUCCUACACUGACUGACAGUGGCCAGCAUCCUUCUAUCCAUCAGGUGGCCCCAAAGGAUACAUAUUUGGCCCUUGGCAUGGUGACCUUGAUGGUCCAUUUCCGCUGGACCUGGGUUGGCCUGCUCAUCACAGAAGUCCAUAAGGGUGUUCAAUUUCUCUCAGAUAUGAGAGCUGAGAUGAACAAGAACAGAGUCUGCAUAGCCUUUGUGUCAACAAUGGUUCUCACAUAUCUCUCAUUAACAAGUGUGGGUAAAAUCCUACAGAGAGACACAUCAUCUGCCAAUGUGGUUGUCAUUUACUAUGAUACUGAGAGUCCAGAUGAUUUGACCUAUCACAUAGUGAGUUUUUACAUGACCCAGAAAGUCUGGGUCUCAAACUCACAAUUCCACGGUGAACUGUCUGAGGAAGAUUUCAAACUCAAUUCACCCCGUGGGAUUCUUGUGUUUUCACAGCACCAUGAAGAGAUUUUAGGAUUCAAAACUUUUGUCAAGGCAGCUACCCCUUUCAAAUACCCAGAAGACACUUACCUUGUUUUUUACUGGUCCAUGCAUUUCCAUUGCUCAUUCCAUGAGUCUGACUGCACAUUGAAGAAUUGUACAGCUAAUCCCCCUGUCACAUGGAUACCUCCAUAUCCUAUUCACAUACCUUUGAGUGAUAGGAGCUACAAUAUAUACAAUGCUGUGUAUGCUGUGGCCCAUGCUCUCCAUGUGAUGCUUUCUGAAGAAGUACAAAGGUUGCCAAUGAGAAACAGAGAAAUGAUGACGUUUCCCCAUUGGCAGCUGCAUCCUUUUCUGAGGAACGUCCAACUUAAAAGUCCUGCAGGAGACAAGGUGAACUUGGAUGACAGAAAGAAAUUGAAUUCAGAGUAUGACAUUCUCACUUUUUGGAAUUUUGUAAAAGGCUUUAGAAUUAAGAGUAAACUGGGCAAAUUUUCUUCACAUGUUCCACAUGGUCAAAAAAUAACUCUAUCUGAGAGUAUGAUAGAAUGGACCACAAAAGCAAAAAAGACUCUCCAGUCAGUAUGCAGUGAGAGUUGCAAUCCUGGAUUUAGAAAAAGCCAACGGGAGGGAAAGGUGGCCUGCUGCUUUGAUUGUACCCCUUGUGCAGACAAUGAGAUCACAAAUGACACAGAUAUGGAGCUCUGUUUGACGUGCCCGGACCACCAAUAUGCAAAACCUCAAAGAAACCAGUACCUGCAAAAAGCUGAGACUUUUCUGGCUUAUGAAGAACCCCUGGGGAAGACUCUGGCUUGCACUGCCCUGAGUCUCACUCUUCUUACACUUGCUGUUGUUGGACUCUUUGUGAAGCACAGAGACACUCCCAUAGUCAAGGCCAACAACCAAGCUCUCAGCUACACCCUGCUCAUUUCCCUUGCCUGCUGUUUCCUAUGCACUUAGCUUUUUAUUGGCAGUCCUAGCACAGCCUCCUGCAUCCUCCAGCAGGCCUCAUUUGGAGUUGUGUUCACUGUGGCUAUUUCCACUGUCUUGGCCAAAACCAUUACUGUGGUGCUGGCCUUCAAGAUUACUGCUCCAGGGAAAAGGAUGAGACAAUUGCUGGUGUCAGGUGAACCUAAUUUCAUCAUCCCUAUCUGUUCCCUGAUUCAAAUCACUCUCUGUGGAAUCUGGAUGGGGACAAAUCCACCCUACAUUGACACAGACCCACACUCAGAACAUGGCCACGUCAUCAUCAUGUGCAACAAGGGCUCCCUCACUGCCUUCUACUGUGUCCUGGGAUACCUGGGCUCCCUGGCCCUGGUGAGCUUCACUGUGGCUUUCCUGGCCAGGAACAUGCCUGACACAUUCAAUGAAGCCAAGUUCCUGACAUUCAGCAUGCUGCUGUUCUGCAGCGUGUGGGUCAUCUUCCUGCCCGUGUACCACAGCAGCAAGGGGAAGGCCAUGGUGGUCAUGGAGGUCUUCUCUAUCUUGGCUUCCAGUGCAGGGCUGCUGGGCUGCAUCUUUGUCCCCAAGUGCUACAUUAUUUUGCUAAGGCCAGAGAGAAAUUCUCUUUCUGUGUUCAAAGAUAAAACUUCUUCCAGAAGAAAAAUGCCCAGUUAA